UCACUAGCGACCCCGUCCCGGUUGGCAGCACUGCCCAUUUGGGACAAAUGGAUCCCGGCUGUCGUCGAUGAAUGCCGUGGGCACUCAGGUGGGUAUUAUUAUCAACAGGAGUGCUCGUUUCUACCCCUUGUAGAAGUUCCGCCCCCAGACGACGAGGGAGACGACGAGAAGGAGAGAUGGGGUGUCUUGGCCAGAUGACGACAGCACAAGAAGGGUGAAUGAUUCACCCCAAGACAUGAAAUGAGGAGAGGGGGACCAAGACCACCAGUACAAAACCAAGCCUCCCCCCCAGCGCCAGCAUCGUUGACGCGCGCAAUUGACUCGACACGCAUCAAUCAAUCACCAAGACGAACAACAUGGCCAUCCCGCUCGGUAUCACAGCCUUCUGCACGAUCCACCCCUAUGCCCUCGAGCACCCCGUGGACAUCAAGGCCAUCGAUGCGUGUAUCGGACGUCGCGCGCCCUCGGCUCUCGCCCACCUGACGAGGGCCGUCUACGUACCGUGGCACCGUGACACGACGACCCAUCUGCCGCUCUACAACAUCAGCAGCGAGUACCACAGAACCAUCCGCGAUGCGCAGGUCGGUGGAUCCGAGUUCAAGACUAGGCUCUGUCUGAUGCGGAAACCAACGGGGCGACCUGGUCAGGGUGACGUCGGCUUCCUCGUGGAUAUGGAUACGCAGGGCAGCUGGGUCGCCGUGAGUGAGAGGAAGCUAGGCAUGGGCGAGGAGGCGGUGCUGUCAAUGCCUACUACUGUGGAAGACGACGCCGCCAUCCAGCAUGACACGCUCACAUACUCCAUGCCACCACCCACCUUCCCCCUCCCCAGCAAGAGGACAGCGUCCGGCCUCUGCACACACCCUCACUUUACGCUCACCGGGGCACCACGCCCCCUCGAGUGGCAGAUCCACCCCGUCGAGCUGGGCGGCCUGUGCUACGUCCUCGUCGACACGUCCGUGCCGGGCGGCAUGUUUGCGGGCGACGACACCAUUGUCGCCGUGUACCACCACGCCCACUUUGAGGCGGCGCUGCCCAAGCGCUACAGCGAGGGUGUGCUCCUGCUGCAUGGGCAGCCGGAUGUCGAGGACACGGUGGUCGUGGCCAGCUUGAUGCGCGUGCUGCGGUAUGUGAGGCGUGACGAGAAGAAGGAGAAGAAGAAGGAGUCGCGUUGGUAG